AUGGGCCUUUCAUACAAUGUCUACUUGACCGCCAACAAGAUCUUUGGGUGCAAGGGGUGCAAGACUCAUCUCGCAGACCAUAAUGAUAUCAUCAGCCGGAACUUCCGGGGCCAACACGGCAAAGCAUACCUCUUCAAUAAUGUUGUCAACGUCACACAAGGUGAAGCUGUUGAACGCAGCAUGACAACUGGUCGACAUAUCGUGCGUGAUAUCGCCUGCCGACAAUGCAAGGAAACGGUAGGAUGGAAGUACGACAAGGCAUACGAGAGCAGCGAGAAGUACAAGGAGGGCAAGUUUAUUCUUGAAGAGGAGCUCCUCUGUGUCGUGUGCUAG